AUGGCGGCGGACUCGGGGGACCGGGAGACCGCCUGCACGCUGGAGUUCGCCGUGCAGAUGACCUGUCAGAGCUGUGUGGACGCAGUGCGCGCGUCCCUGCAAGGGGUGGCAGGUGUCCAGAGUGUAGAGGUGCAGUUGGAGAACCAGAUGGUCCUGGUGCAGACCACCCUGCCCAGCCAGGAGGUGCAGGCCCUCUUAGAAGGAACGGGGCGGCAGGCGGUACUCAAGGGCAUGGGCACUGGCCUAUUGCAGAAUCUGGGGGCAGCAGUGGCCAUUCUAGGGGGCCCUGGCCCUGUGCAGGGGGUGGUGCGCUUCCUACAGCUGACCCCUGAGCGCUGCCUCAUUGAGGGAACCAUUGAUGGCCUGGAGCCUGGGCCACAUGGACUCCAUGUGCAUCAGUUCGGAGACCUCACAAGGCACUGCCACAGCUGUGGGGACCACUUUAACCCUGAUGGAACAUCUCACGGGGGCCCUCAGGACGCUGAACGGCACCGGGGGGACCUGGGGAACGUCCACGCUGACGCUGAUGGCCAGGCCGUCUUCAGGAUGGAGGAUGGGCAGCUGAAGGUAUGGGAUGUGAUUGGCCGAAGCCUGGUCAUCGAUGAGGGAGAAGACGACCUGGGCCGGGGCGGCCAUCCCUUAUCGAAGGUCACGGGGAACUCAGGAGAGAGGUUGGCCUGUGGCAUCAUCGCGCGCUCCGCCGGCCUCUUCCAGAACCCCAAGCGGAUCUGCGCCUGCGACGGCCUCACCCUCUGGGAGGAGCGCGGCCGGCCCAUUGCUGGCGAGGGGCGGAAGGAACCGCCCCAGCCCCCUGCCCACCUCUGA